UUGUAGACAGCCAUCGGACAUCGCGGUAGUGAUUUUGAGUAGAGCGAUUUUUUUUCUUCUGCGGGUAUCUAUACAGGUAAAACUGCCUCCUACUAUUGCUGUUGCUAUUCGCCCGACCCAGACCGUCCGCCCGCCUGCUCGGUUUCGUGUCGUGUUAAGAUUGUCGUAUUUAGUAGUAGUCAUAGUAGCCAUAGCCACGGGUUAAGGCUCGAGUUGGAAGUGUUUCUGUGGCCAGACAUUAGUGAUCCAAAAGGCAAACCGACAACGUGUUCUGGUGGUUUUGGCAACUGUGAACGCUACCUCGUAGUGGCGGCCUGUUGCAUUUGAGAUCAGUAGUUAUCGCGAUUUGAGAGUUCCAUUGUUCCCGAAAGAUAGAGAACACAUCCCUCCUUAAGGUCCCUCAGGAUGAAACAGUUCAUCGGGAUUAUUCUCGGCAUGGGGCUGAUGGCACUGGCCAAUGGAGCCGCUGUUCCCCAAUGCCCUGAGCCUUACGGCGAGCAAGCCUAUCUCCAUCCGGAUCAUUGUGAUCAAUUUUUCCUUUGUACGAACGGAACCCUAACACUGGAGACAUGCGAAAAUGGACUUUUGUUCGAUGGAAAAGGAGCAGUUCAUAAUCAUUGCAACUACAACUGGGCGGUAGAUUGUGGACCUCGCAAAUUUGUCACAGACCAAACGCCAAUCUCUACACCGGGCUGUGAAUAUCUGUUCGGCAUUUACCCGGAUAGUGCCCAGUGUUCUACCUCUUACUCGAAAUGUGCCUUUGGUGAAGUUCAUCCCGAACACUGCGAACCUGGACUGGUCUACGAUCAUCGUAUCCACGGAUGCCAAUGGCCCGAUCAGUUGCCUGGAUGCAGCCCCGAAGCCGUCAUUGGUUUCAACUGCCCCUCGGAGGUUCCAUCCAACUCCAUCAAUCACCGAUUCUGGCCCUAUCCCAGAUUUGCCGUUCCCGGAGAUUGCCACCGUCUCAUUACCUGCGUUGAUGGUCAUCCUCGUUUGAUCACUUGCGGUGAUGGAAAAGUGUUCAACGAAGAAUCGCUCACCUGCGAAGAUCCUGAAGAUGCUCCAUAUGCCUGCCGUCACUAAACCAAACGUUAACAUGUUUUUUUUUUGUUCAAUUUGUUCAGAAAUUUCCUCUCGAGAAUACCGCUUCAUGUUGUAAAAAGUUUUUAUUGUCAAUUUUGUAAAAUCUCGUUCACGUGUACCUCUCGAUCGAACAGGCGUUACCAUAAUCAAUGUUCCAUACUUUGUUUCAUUUUUGUAUGUUUAAUUCGGAAUAAAUAAAAUGCAUAAAUUAAAUACAUUUGAAUAUGUACAUA